AGUUUGACUAGGGUUUUUGGAAUUUGGAAUAAAGUGAAAGUGCAUCAUCCCCUUUUGUUCUUAUCCUCGGAAAUUUGCAGAAAGAAGGAGAAUUUGAUUCGAGGAUCGUAGCGUAGGUGUGAUUGACAAUGGGAAGGGGAAAAUUCAAGAGCAAGCCCACCGGUCGCCGCCAAUUCUCCACACCGGAAGAUAUGCUUGCUGGAACCUCUAACCGUCCUCGAACUUUUAGACAGAAAGAAGCUGAGCAUGAAGAGGAAGAAACUGAGGAAGCAUCUGGGGAUGAAUCUGGAGAAGAAUCUGAAGAAGAAACUGCAAAGAACAAAGGAACUCAAGGGAUUAUUGAGAUUGAAAAUCCUAACUUGGUAAAGCCAAAGAGCUUGAAAGCUAGAGAUCUUGAUGUUGAGAAAACAACUGAACUUUCAAGGCGUGAAAGAGAGGAACUAGAGAAACAGAGAGCUCAUGAGCGUUAUAUGAGACUGCAAGAGCAAGGAAAAACAGAACAAGCAAAGAAAGAUUUAGAACGUUUAGCUCUUAUACGUGAGCAAAGGGCAGAAGCUGCUAAAAAGCGAGAAGAAGAGAAAGCUGCCAAAGAGCAGAAGAAGGCUGAAGCACGCAAGUGAAGUUCAUGUAGAAUGUCAUAUGGCCUAGUUAUACUACAAUGAGUAGGAGGAAUUUGUGCUAUUACUACACAUAAUAACAUUGUGUCCAUUUAGCUUUAUAAUGGAUAUUACCAUUCCAAGUUGGUAACAUGUAAUGCAAUUAUUUCCGCAUUUUGUGACUUUACAUAUAAACGUUUCGCUUUCUCUCUUUAUGCA